CAAAAAAAAAAAGGUAUCGAUUUGUUCUUAGGUGAUGAUGAUGGAGAAGAGCAAGUCGUACCCAGAAUACUCAUCGUCUUUCUCAGGAGAAUUAUCCAAUUCGUAUAGCUUCAACGGGCCAUGCCAGAAAGAAAAUGGGUUUGCAACAUCAAACGAUCCAGAGCUGAAGAGAAAGAAGAGAAUAGCUUCCUAUAAUAUGUCAACCAUGGAAGGGAAGCUUAAAUCUAGUGCAAGAAACAGCUUCAAAUGGAUCAAGAGCAAGUUCAGUACUACUUAUGUUCGUUAUGGUGUGUGAUCGUUGAGUUAGUAAUAUAUAUAUAUAUAUAUAUAUAUAGUUUUAAUUUUCUGGGUUGGAGAUCAGAGGGAAGGAAUUUUCUUGGGAGGCUAGGCUAGAGAAAUUGAGUGUUAUGCUCAAAUUUUUCUCUAUAAGUUUUGAAAACAAUAUUGUAUUGUUUCAAUAAUUAAUUUCCUUAAUUUGUAUGUUAUCAUAUAGAGACAAGACAACUUUAGUUUAAUGAUCUAUG